AUGGCUGAACUACCACCAGAAUUGACAGCAAAGCCACUUGCUCUCAUCGGAGUAACAGGAUUAGAUGCUGUAAACAAUGCUAUUCACCGUGCUAUCUGGGAUGCAUUUACAAACAGUCGUCGUCCUGAUGGUGCACCAGUGCAAUUUAAACUCUUGAACAAUGCUCAUGAAUUUCCUACAGUCAAACCAAAGCGAAAUUCUUAUGAGUGGUAUAAGCUAAAAGGAAUCUUGAAGCGAAAUUGGAUGAACAAAUAUCUCAAUGAAGUACCUUCGGUUGUAGUCAUAUUUUAUGACCUCGAUUGGAUUGAUCCUCAAUGGAAUGAAAAGAAAAUUGAGUGUUCCUCGCGUGUGCAAUCACUACGAGCUGCUCUCGAAGGUCGUAGUACAAAAAUUGCAGUGGUCCUAGUGCAACAUAGUAAACCUGUGCAACCAGGUUCGGAAGAUGUUGUAACAACAGAACGCGCAACUGCACUUUGCAAUGCUUGCGAAUUACCAGCUAAAUCUUUGUAUGUUCUACCUCAUGAAGAUCAUCUGCUCCGGUACACAUCAAGACUAGAGCAUGCCUUCUAUGACUUGGCUCAAAACUUUUACCAUCACGAAUAUCGCAUUGUUAAGGGCCAUCGUGAUCAAUUAAAUAAAACAAGUCAUCAGUAUCUUUUUGUUCGUCAUCAAUUUAAAAUGGGUUUUCUUAAUGAACUGAAACAAGAUCAGCAAACUGCCCACAAACAUUAUCAACAAGCAUACAACAAUAUACUCGAUAUUCGAUAUACAGAAACGGAUAUAUUAGAAAUAAAAACAGUGGCGAGUUUCAUUAAUUAUAAACUAUGUAGACUUAUGUUUAACAUGAGUUGUCCAAAGGAUGCAAUAGCACAAUUCAGAGCUCAUACCGACAGAUUUAAACUGCGAACUGGACCCAAGGAACUUAUGUUCGAACAUCAUGCAUGGAUGUCCAGUCAGUUCUCAACAUUUGCUGAAUUGUUUGAACAAGCAAUUCGACAAGGACUUCCGGCUGUUCAAACUCAACAUCCAGGUUACUAUUAUCAUAUGGCGGCCCAGCAUGCUACUGAUAGAAAAACUUCUUGUGAAGAGCUUUGCAAGAAUGUAACUAGCUAUCCUGAUCCGGAUCCUUUAGCAGGAAGUGAGAAAUUAGAAUUUUAUGGUCAACGACCGUGGCGGCCUGGAAAACUGAACCAAGAACAAGUAGAUACAACACGCGAGACAUUAGCGAUACAAGCUCUACAAUACAAAGAGAAAACAACAGUAAAUCAUUCGAUGAUCAUUAUAGGCUUGCUGGGAAAUGCAAUAUCUCAAUUUAAAAUUAAUCGGUGUCCUAGGAUGCGAAGACGUUUAGUUGUCCAAAUGGCAGACGAAUAUUAUAAUUCUCGUGAUUACGGCAAAGUACUAACAUUAUUAAUGCACAUGUUAUGGGAUUAUCGGGGAGAACGAUGGCCGGUUUUGUUAACAGACGUGCUUAAGAAGGCGCUGGGUGCGGCUUUUCUCUUUGCGAGUAUACAAGAUUAUAUCAUUCUAGCAUUAGAAUCCUUAGGACCUUCUAAUGUAUUAUCAGAAAGUCAUCAAUCAGCUAUACGUUCUAAUAUUAUCAAUAUACUUCAGAAAAAGCCACCGAAUCCAGAACCUGAUUUACCUGAUGCUGAGAAGGUUUCAGCAAUUGAAAAAUGGAUGUCCUUGCUCAGUCAAAAUGAUCCUUUUGUUUUUACAAUUGAUGAUAAUAUGGCAACGUUUAUUGAAGUCAAAGCGAGAUUUUCCCAGCCUAAAUAUACUGUCAAUACUACGGUAACAGUCGAAGUAUUUAUACGAAAUUUGUACCGUGAAAUUAUGGAGUUUUCAAAAUUAUCUGUAACUGUAAACAGUCCAGGCUACAGUUCAGAGUUCGCCGUUACCGAUGCGAACAAUAAACCACUGAUAUUUCAGUCGAAUGAAACUAAAACAUUCCUGUGCCAAUUUCAAGCACGUCAGCAGGACGUUGGGAGUGAAAUUCAGAUACGUCGGGUAUCAUUGUACUUGGGAAAUGAUACUAGCUGCUGUGUUAUUUUGGGCUUCACUGGAAUUGGUGGAGAAACUAAUCUUUUGGAACGUUUGUAUCCUGAGAUACAACAAUUCCGGAGAGGACUCUUUGAGUCCAUUAGACCAGUGCUCAAUGCAGAAAUAAGACCAGAGGAAUCUAGUGUUAAUAUAAAUGUUAAAUCUCAGAGCCCUGCAUUGCUUGGCGAAUGGUUUCCAAUUACCAUUACUCUGUCUAGUAAUGAAAGUAUUUCUAAUGCUGUCCUAACAGGGAUACUCCAAAUGGAUGGCAGCAGUGAUCAGUCAACUGAACUAAGUCUAACCAUGACUAGCAAGCAAACACCUGUCGCUGUGGAAUUCACAAGUAUCGAUAAAGAUCAUUCUGUGCAACAAAUUGUUUACGUAAAAGCCCACAAGGUUGGGGAUAGAAAUCUUGUUAUAAAGGUUGACUAUUCCAUAACGGAGCAAGUUAAAUGCAGCAAGGAAUUGAUAUACACAUUCUCAGUCAUGAAACCUUUCGAAGUCACAACACAAUUUUACACAGUAUUAUUUCAGCCAUUAACAAAGGGUUUUAUUAAUGAUCCAUUUAUAAUGAUGUCUCACAUAACGUGUAUUUCACCAUGGCCCAUUACUAUUCUAAGUACCUCCAUCGAAUUGGGUGACUCUAUUCAAAAAGAGGAUGAAGAACCACAGGAAUCCAUUUUGGAAGGUAUUAAUCUUUCCAACGGAGAGGCAGCAUCAGAGCCUUUCUGCGUUGUUCCUAAAGUAGGUAGCGAACAACCAACAAGUACUGGUGUAUAUACAAUAAAAUGGAAACGAACAAAUGAUGACAGUGGUCUGGAAACUAGUAGUAGUGUAACUCUGUCACCUCUAUGGGUAGAAGAUGCUGUGAUAGGAUUAGAGGCAAAAUUACCAGCUCACGGUUGGGUCAGGAUGCCUAUAUGUGUUUCAUAUUUUUUUCGAAAUCAUUCAGAUUACCUUAUAACACUCCAAUUAUCUAUGGAACCGAGUGAUGCCUUUGUCUUUGCUGGACAAAAACAGAUUAAUAUUUGUAUUCUGCCAAAUGAUGAACGUAAAAUCGAUUGGAUCAUGAGGCCUCUUGUUGCCGGGCUGGUAUCACUUCCCAAGCUUCUCUUAGCCGUUCCUGCCGACGAGGAACAUAAAUUGAACAAAGGUCGACUGGCGGAAGUUCUAGAACGAUCGUUGCCAAGCCAUAUCUACAUAAUGUCACAAUCGCAAUCUCUUGAUUCCUGAGAUACAAUGUACGAUGAACGAGAUUUCAGAGGAGCAUAAUGAUAUAUUAAACGUACUAAACUGUAUCAUAGAUAUAUACAUAUAUAUAUAAAUAUAUUAAAUAAUUAUCAGGAUAAUUAUUGACGCUCGGCGGAGCUGUAUACACAAUAUUAAUAUAAAAAAUAAAUGUAUUUCAUUUAUACAGUAA